AUGAUUAGAACAGUGAAACCCAAAAGUGCCCGGUCGAAAAGGGCAAUGGACAAGAAGCAGCCUAAAAUAGUGGAAAACGUUAAGUCUGCUCUUUUCAUUCCGGGACAGAAUGCCAAUAAAGCAUUACAUGAUAUCACAGUUGACUUGGCAGCAUUAAAGAAGCCAUAUUGCAAAAGGUUCCAGAAAAAGAACCAGAUAUUACCUUUUGAAGAUUCUUCUAGUAUUGAGUUUCUCAGUGAGAAGAACGAUUCUUCCAUAGUGGUAUUAUCCACCAAUAAUAAGAAGCGUCCUAACAGUUUAACUUUCAUAAGGACAUUUAACUAUGCCGUUUACGAUAUGAUUGAACUUCAAGUUCUUUCAAAUUACAAACUUUUCGAUGCGUUCAAAAAAGUGACAUUCCAACUCGGUUUGAAGCCGAUGUUUGCUUUCCAAGGAUCCAUCUUUGAUACUAAUCCGGUGAUGAAACAGGUCAAGUCGUUAUUUUUGGAUAUGUUUCGUGGAGAAGUCAAUAAGUAUGUCGAUGUUGCAGGACUUCAAUGGAUUAUUUCUAUUUCUGCAAUCGAAGAAGAUGAUCAGAAUCAAGCCAUUUCCAAGCUUCCUCUAGUGCAUUUUAGAGUGUAUAAGUUGAAGACUUAUCAUUCUCCAGAGCCAAAACUUCCUCGUGUUGAAUUGGAAGAGACAGGACCAAGAUUAGACUUCAAGAUUGGUCGUCAUGAAUCUGCUUCUGCUGAAGUGGAAAAAGAAGCACUCACGGUUCCUAAGCAGUUACAACCAAAGGAGAAGAAGAACGUUCAAACUGAUAUGCUUGGUGAUAAGGUGGCCAAGGUUCAUGUUGGUAAACAGGACUUGAGUGGACUUCAGACCAGGAAGAUGAAGGGCUUAAAGAGUAGAUACGAUCAGGUCGGCGUCAGUGAGACUGAUGAAAUAGAAAUAAAAAUACAAGAGGAACCCGAAUCAAAGAAGAUGAAACUAUAG